GGUACUGAUUUAAAGUCUUGAGAGAAACUCUGGACAUAACAUAUCCAAAGCAGCUGCUACCCCCAACUGGAAUAUUAAUCUGCUGUAACAAUUUAAAUACCCGGAUCUCAACGGCUUCUAAUACAAAUUAAUAAGCUGCUGCAUCCGUGAUCAUUAUAAUUCUAUUAAAAUGGGGAGAGUAAGCAGCGCUUGUUUUAUAUCAUGGAUGUAUUUCGCCUACAUUUGCUCGGGUUUUGAAACCACAAUUGAGCCAACGAGUGAAUCUACCGAUUUUAGUAACUUAAUGCAAAAUGCCACAGAAUGGAUGAUGGACCUCACCGACAUUGAGUCCAAGUUUUCCUUUAGAAUUAGCGAAGAACCCGAAGAAGAUCUGUGCUACAUAGUUCCAGGUCAACCCCAAACAAUCAAAGAGUGUAACUUCAAUCCAGACUCCAAGACUUUCAUAGUUAUUCAUGGAUGGUCGGUCACCGGUAUGUUUGAGAGCUGGGUUCCCAAACUGGUAACAGCCCUGUAUGAACGAGAGCCAACAGCCAAUGUGAUUGUGGUGGACUGGUUGUCCCGUGCGCAACAACAUUACCCAACGUCAGCUGCCUACACCAAACUAGUGGGCAAGGAUGUGGCCAUGUUUGUCAACUGGUUACAGGCUGAGAUUGACUAUCCUUGGGAGAAACUGCAUCUGUUGGGCUUCAGUCUUGGUGCUCAUGUAGCAGGAAUCGCUGGCCUUCUCACCAAACAUAAGGUUAACAGAAUCACAGGCAUGGAUCCCGCUGGCCCUAGCUUUGAGUACGCAGAUGCCCAAAGCACUCUUUCCCCAGAUGAUGCCCUUUUCGUGGACGUUCUUCACACCAACACUCGCGGCUCUCCAGAUCGCAGUAUUGGGAUUCAGAGGCCAGUGGGCCACAUAGACAUCUACCCCAAUGGUGGAACCUUCCAACCUGGCUGUGACCUCCAGAACACUAUGUUGAUGGUGGCCACUACUGGUUUAAGAAACAUGGAUCAGAUCGUGAAGUGCUCUCAUGAGCGCGCCAUCCACCUGUUCAUCGACUCACUGGUGAACCAGGAGCAACAAAGCUUGGCUUACCGCUGCAGCUCCAAAGAGAGCUUCAACAAAGGCAUGUGCCUCAGCUGCCGCAAGAAUCGCUGCAACAAGGUGGGAUAUGGUGUGAACAAAAUUCGCACACGCAGGAGCAGCAGAAUGUAUAUGAAGACCAGAGACAUGAUGCCAUAUAAAGUUUUCCAUUAUCAAGUGAAGGUCCACUUCUUCAGCAAGAGCAAAAUAAGCUACACCGACCAGCCCAUAAAGAUCUCAUUGUAUGGAAUCCACGGCGAGAAGGAGAAUAUCCCUUACGUUAUGCCUGCUUUAAACACAAACUCCACUGUGUCCUUCCUUUUGACCACGGAUACAGACAUCGGAGAGCUGCUGAUGGUAAAACUUCUCUGGGAGAAAGACUCCCUCAUCAGCUGGCCCUGGUGGAACCCUGAUACCUUUCACAUUCGCAAAUUACGCAUCAAAUCAGGAGAGACACAAUCUAAGGUCAUCUUCAGUGCAAAAGAAGGUGAAUUUUCCUACCUUUCCCGUGGAGGUGAGGCCGCCAUCUUCGUGAAAAACAAAGAAGCCCAGUCGAGCCGCAAAAACCAGAGAUUGCACAAGUUGAAGAUGCACGGAAGUUUGUUCAAACAGAACACAGAGUAAAGGCGCACGUUGAUAUCCACCUCUGCUGGGAUCUGGCACGGAAUCUGCCAGGGAAACUGGAAUGGUAGAAACUGACUUCUCCCAUAUAUUCGGACUCGUAACCUUCACCCGACCCAAAUCCAGAAACACAUCCUGCAAGCAUCUUGAAAAUGUUACUGCUGUGCAGUUUUAAAACAAAAAAUCACUUCGGAUACUGCUCAAGACACAUUGCAGGUCUUGUGAGACAAUCUUUAAUGAACUCAUUUAAUCCAUAAAAUGAUAAUCAUGUCUCUAUGCAAUAUAUUUAUACAAGUAAUCAGUUUUAGUCUGAAAGGACUUGCACUUAGUUAACAGGGUGUGCUAGUUGUCUACCAAAGAGACUUUCCUUUCUGGAGAAAGAUGCCAUUCGAAACAUGUUACUAUUCGUUUGGUUUAUCAGUAUUACUCUUGAAAUUCCACUUAGAGACUAAACAUCUAGGUAAUUUAGCUGUUUGUUUGGUUGUACUGUGAAUUAGGUUGUACCAAAGCGGUUUCCUAGCUAUGCUAAUCCUCUUUGCCUCAGUUCUGAAAGCAAAACUUUCAGAUUUGCCUUUGUUGCAGCCUUCAGUCAGUCUCAAUGAAAUGCUUUAACAAAAAAUGGGACCAGAUUCUCUCUCUACUGAAUGAAGAUGAAAUGAUUACUGUAAAUAUUUGUAAUUGUCAUUAUAUAUACUUAAAAACA